CGUGACCGUGUUUUUAUGUAACAAACGGGUGUCUGUCCGAAAAUCCGUUAAACUACUGUGUCAAGGUGUACGGCAGCUAUAGAAAUGUAUAGGCAGUUACAUAGAGGAAAAUUGAAAUAAGUUUUUGUUUGCUAGUUAGUUUGUUUUUUCACGCUACCAUGUCGCCUCAACCACAAGUGAAGGGCUCGGCGGAAGAAAGGAGCACAUUCUUCAUCGAGGCCGAUUCUGAAUACGUGUGGGAAGAGGACCAUGGCAUUGAUCAUCAUAAACUUAUUUUACAAAAAGCCAAUACCCUAGCAUCGGAAAACUGCCUCAAAGAAGCCAUUGACUGUUUUUCCAUGGCCAUGCGCUAUGGCUCCGUGCUACCCGAGCAGUUAAGCACUUUACUGGACUGUAUCCUCCGCAACUUCAAGAAGGUUGCGGGGGCAGAUGCGGCUGCGGGACGGAGACAGGACGGGGUGGCGGACAGCACCCGGGGUGAUACGUUUGACUGUCCGAGCUGUCAUAGUUUCUUGGGUGAGCCUGUGACCAUAUCGUGUGGACACUCUUUCUGCAAAAGGUGUUUACAACGCAGACAGCUGUCCCAGUGCAAGCUGUGCAGCGAGGCGGUGAGGGACAGAGCCGCCGGCGAGGAGGUCAAAGUGAAUGUAAUUCUGUGCGGACUGCUAGAUAAGUGGUUCCCCGAGGAGCGGAAAAAAUCUAAAGCUAUCCAUGAAGUUGAGGAGCUGAACAGGAGAAAACACUACGAAGAGGCUGUAUCGCUAGCAAGCAGUGUUAUUCAAUCUGCAGACCCAGGGACUGCGGCGGUGGUGCGAUUGUCUCGUGCGGAGGCGUACAUGGCUCUCAGACAGUACCGUCUGGCUCUAGAGGACACAGAACUCUGUCUCAGCUCCAGCCGCUCUGCAGAAGCAUAUUUUUGGAAGGCUAUGGUGCUCCAUGAGAUGGGCCAGGUGGACGAGUCUCUCCAAGUCUUCCUCCACUGCCUGGCUCUGGAUGAGGACUUCCCCUGUGCUAAAAGAAAAGUGGAAAUGAUUCUGUGUGACAUGCUCUCCCCGGCCGGCGAGAAUGUCAAGGUUGGCCUGAGGGAGACGACUCAAAACACCUCGCCUCACUUGCGCAGUAAAACCCUUGUGGCUGAUGCCCAAGCUGAGAACCAGCCUCCGUCACAGAGCCCAGUCCAAAGACAAAACCAACACCAGGUCCGUGCCGCCUCUGCACACCAUCAUCCGGACAACCAGGAGAAACCUGGACGCUGGGAAAGCCUGCAGUCUCCCAGUCUUAGCCGAGCUCAUUCACUACGAUCCCACAGCUCCAGCUGUGGGGAGGAGGGGCUUAAGAGAGUGUGCUCCGCCCCUCAGCUUGGGGACCAGGAAAAGGGGACCCUGCUGAAGAGGAAGCUGUCAGUGUCAGACUCAGAACCAUUUUUUGUGUGCAGUGGAGGCAGCAAGCAUAAAAAGCAAGGUGUGGCCAGUGUCUCCAAACAACAGGCCGCCACAGCCAAAGCCCGCAGAACUGUUCCUCAGGAUCUGCUGGACCCUAAUGACUUAGAGUGCUCACUCUGCAUGAGGUUAUUCUAUGAGCCUGUGACUACACCAUGUGGCCACACCUUCUGUAAAAACUGUCUGGAGCGCUGCUUGGACCACACACCCCAGUGCCCUCUCUGCAAAGAGAGCCUGAAAGAGUAUUUAGCAUCUAGGAAAUACAUGGUGACCAGUGUCUUGGAUGCACUGAUCAAGCAGUAUUUGAGUGAGGAGCAUGCCGAAAGGACUAAAACUCACCAGGAGGAGACCAGAGAACUUUCAGAUUUGACGAAGAAUGUGCCUAUCUUUGUGUGUACCAUGGCUUACCCCACUGUGCCUUGCCCCCUGCAUGUCUUCGAGCCACGUUACCGCCUCAUGAUCCGCCGCUGCAUGGACACAGGCACGCGGCAGUUUGGGAUGUGCAUUAACGAUCCCCAGAAAGGGUUUGCAGAUUAUGGCUGCAUGCUGAUCAUCAGGAGCGUUCAUUUCCUCCCUGAUGGACGGUCAGUAGUUGACACCAUUGGAGGGAAGCGCUUCCGGGUGCUGUCCCGAGGAAUGAAGGAUGGCUACAGUAUUGCUGAUAUUGAACACUUGGAGGAUAUAAGAGUGGAGGACAGUGAGGAGCUGGUGAGGCUGCAGGAGCUGCACGACGCCGUGUACGAGCAGGCCUGCGUCUGGUUCCAGAACCUCAAGAUCCGCUUUCACAACCAGAUCCUGCAGCACUUCGGACCCAUGCCGGAGAGAGAGCCCGACAUCCAGGCAACUCCUAACGGUCCGGCUUGCUGCUGGUGGCUCCUGGCUGUCCUGCCCAUCGACCCUCGGUACCAGCUCUCUGUCCUGUCCAUGACCAGCCUCCGAGAACGUCUGGUGAAGAUCCAGCACAUUCUCACGUAUCUGCAGAGCAUCCCCAGCAACUAGAGCUUCCUCCUCCUCUCACCACCUCCAAAACAUCUUCUGGACUUUCAAAUGACAUCCAGAGAAAUUUCUGUCAACCUGUCGCCUAGCUUUUUAUUUUCCUGCUCUCAACCUCCUAAUUUUUUUCAGUUUUCCAUACUUACCCCUGUUGCUCUCCCAUUCACUGUCAGAGAUUGGGAACAUUGUUUUAAUGAUGUUGAAAAAACAUCCACACGAGAACAGAGCGAAGUAGCUGAAACAUAUUUGAACUGUUGAUCACUGCUCAGCACGACAGAGACACAAGAAAGGCAGCCAAACCACCUCAGGGACACCUCAGAUGGCACACGGUCUUUAUCUGAGACUAUUCAGAACAGCGCUGAUCUCUUGAAGGCAUCUGUGAGAGAAGCUGUCCUCAUCUGCUCUCUCACGCCCUGGAAUUUGUUUUCAUAGGAUCUUCACCGAUGACUUUUUCAAACGAGAAACACUCUGAGGAGUUGUCAUUCCCACUUGGUGAAUAUUUUGUUCAUGUUGUGGGUGAUGAUAGCAGGGAGCACUAUGUAUAGUAAACAUUUAUAAGUGUAACCACUUAUAAGGAGGUAGAUGAAGGCAAAGUAUUUGAAAUGAGGUGAAGAGAUGUCUAUUAAUAAUUACAUAUUUAAUAGUGUUAUCUCUUGUGAGAUCAGAAAAAUGAAAAGGUUUUUUCUGGGUGUGUGUGUGUGUGUGUGGGAGGUCUGUUUGUAUAGAAAGGUGAUUAUGAGAAGUAAAAUCCCAAAUGCUGAAAGUUCAACAAGAGGCAGAUGAGUGGAGGAAAGUGGAGCUGAGGGAGAGGAGCUCAAACACAAGAACCAAUGUGAAAUAAUAAAAAAAUAAAAGAUCUGUGGAAAACUAAGUGCAACAGUAGGCCGGCGUAAGCUUACAAAACACUGAUGAAAGUAUUAAUCUUACUCUUCCAAGCAUUAAGCUUUUUUCUGUCACUUCUACUGUCUGCCAUACACAACUUAACUGCAGCCUCUGCUCCCACGCAGUGGCAGAGGACCUUCCUGUUGAAAGGAAGGGGCCUUCUUCAUCUGUUCACACAUUUUCCGCAUAAAGUUUCUUCCAAGCUGUAAUAUAGAGAUGCAGCAAGGCAGCCAUUUUGUCUUUUUUAAGUCAUUGGCUGUUCUUUCAAAAAAGAUGUUCUUCCUCCACUAACAGUCACAGCUCAGAAACCCUAUCUUCCUAAGUGUUGUAUUUGUUUGUCAAAGCUUUAGGACUUUUUCUUUCAGUUUGAUGAUUUUGCGGUGACAAUAUUUUCAGAUUCAAGAGAGCUCUGUACUUGUAUGAAUUGUGUGUCCUCAAACCAAAAGUUGAAGCUACCCAUUUAAUUUAUGUUACGGAAGUAAUUUAUACAUGAAAAAAAUAUGUAUCUGUACAUUCAGGCCGGAAGUGACGCGAAAAAAAUCAAAGGGGUGACCUUCCAUUGUUUUGGCAAGUCACACUAACGAAAGAAGCGGCAAUGUACAUCAAGUAAUCAAAGGGUCAGGGUCAUUCUUCGUUAAAAGCGAAGCUGUUUAUUUGGAGGAGAAAGGACAGUACCCAAGGUGCUUGAGUCAGUGGACUACUUUUGCCUUACACUAUUUUGCAUUGUGAUUUGAAUAGCACGAUGCGUUGGCUUGUUACCAUUCCUUUUUGCCAUAGUUAAUAAGUAUGUUUUAAUUUUAUUUUCUUCAGUGGCCUCAAGGCACCAAUGUUCACAAUGUGUAAAAAGAUAUGAUAAAAAAUUCAAGUCAAGGCUGUUGUAUGUAAAUCAUUUGUAUAAAGGCUUUUUGGACAGAUCUUGCUUUUUGCUCAAAUGUUUAAGUUAUCAGUUUUCAAUAAUAAUGCACUUCUUUUUCAACUU